UGGAAAAUGGGCCAUAGUCCAAAACAUGCUGUAACUCACUUAUCCACCCUUCUGAUCACAGGGCCCAGUAGAGCAAGCGAGGGCAGAAUGAUGACCACAGCUGGAGAAUCACAGACCAUAAUCAUUACAAUUUCCAGCCCUGCAGUAAGAACACACUCUGUUCUGGCAACAACAGCAGCCCCGACCACUGCCUGUGCUAUUGACUUGGAAAAAAUCACUGUGCCUGCUUCCUCUGCCUUGCCAGAGCUCAUGGUAGCACCAUUUGCCUGGUCUGGAGUGGCGACCAGCCCAUCUGAAACUAUGCUCAUUGCCGAAAUCUGUACCCCACUUGGGGCUGGGACAGGAGGAGGGAGCCCCAUAGGUGUCCCUUCACACCUCACUAGUCUUGACACGACAACAUCAACCACAGUCUUUCCCUGCACCAAUGUGCCCCCAGCACAGUCUACAAUGUGCUCUACAAUCAGCCUACAAUCAGCCACAACUCUUUGCCGUGUCAGUAGAGAAGAACGAAAGCCAAAGACCUCUCUGGACACAUCUGCUUCAGAGACCACAGCCAUGGCUACUGCAAGGGUAUGGCUGGCCCUGACCAAGACUCCAACCACAAUGGACAUCAGCAGAGGAGCUGAGGCUGUGGUUCUGUCCACAAGUGAUUUGCCCACCAGCUCAGCUGUCCCACUCAUUCCCACAGAUAAAGUAUCCACCCAGACCACCAUGACCACUAUUGCACACACUGCAGCAGGGAGCUCCUACUCCAAGACAUUCACCCUCAACUUUACCAUCACCAACAUGUUUUAUACACCAGACAUGGGUGAAAGGGGCUCCAACACAUUUAAGGCUGCUGAGAAUGUCCUGCAAGUUCUGCUGAAGUUCUUAUUUGGAAUGAGCAACCUUGGCUCUCACUAUUCUGCAUGCAGUGUGAACUUGCUGAGGUCUCUGAAGAAUGGGACAGCAACAGGAGUGGAUGUCCUGUGUACUUUUCAGGAAGAUUCCUCCAACCCUGUCCUGAACAAAGAGAAGGUUUACUGGGAGCUAACUGAACAGAUUCAAAGAAGAAGGCUAAAACAUGUGCUUAUAGAGAGGGACAGCCUCUUUGUGGAUGGGUAUCAUCAUAAGCAACCAGGCAUCAUAUCCACAAAGAAGAGUGAGAUUGCUGUAGGACCUGUCACCCAUAUCCCAGACCAUGGAGCACCAGGAGACAUGACAUCAGUGACUAGCAGCCUCUAUGAAUCCACAGUAGGUGCCAUUGCAGCAGGGAGCUCCUACUCCAAGACAUUCACCCUCAACUUUACCAUCACCAACAUGUUUUAUACACCAGACAUGGGUGAAAGGGGCUCCAACACAUUUAAGGCUGCUGAGAAUGUCCUGCAAGUUCUGCUGAAGUUCUUAUUUGGAAUGAGCAACCUUGGCUCUCACUAUUCUGCAUGCAGUAUGAACUUGCUGAGGUCUCUGAAGAAUGGGACAGCAACAGGAGUGGAUGUCCUGUGUACUUUUCAGGAAGAUUCCUCCAACCCUGUCCUGAACAAAGAGAAGGUUUACUGGGAGCUAACUGAACAGAUUCAAAGAAGAAGGCUAAAACAUGUGCUUAUAGAGAGGGACAGCCUCUUUGUGGAUGAGAGUGAGAUUGCUGUAGGACCCGUCACCCUUAUCCCAGACUAUGGAGCACCAGGAGAUAUGACAUCAGUGACUAGUGGCCUCCUGACCUAUGAAUCCACAGUAGGUGCCAUUGCUUGGAGAUAUGAUAUGGAUUCAUCUUCAUAUUCUGAGUACAGGAUACUCACUGAUGGGGGAGUUUGUGAUUAG